GGACACAAGUGCGGAGGCGUUGGCGAAUUUAUUGAAACUGGAUGAUGAGCAACAUGAUGCGCUCGAGUUUCAGAUUCUUUUGUUCGGGAAGAUGGAGAAGUUGUUGAGUUAUCGAGACGAAUGGAGGAAUGUCAAGAACGCUAUAAUGAACCGUUUCAAAGGUGUAAUAAGACAAACAAUAUCGUGUAAGAAGUGUGGAAUGGCUCGUCACUCUGAGUUACCGUUCAAUCCACUGUGUUUGGUGAUCGAUAAAGUCAAAUCGCUCUCGAAAGCGAUCGAAACGUGCUUUGCUCCUGAACAGUGA